AUGCCGUGCCAUGGAGAUCUACCGGCGUCUUUCUCAAGACGACGAAGAAGAGGUUGGGACCCCCAUCUACAACUUCAAGGUCCGCGUGAACUUGGACAAACUCUGGGAGAUCAACCAAAUCAAGGACCUGAAGUGGAGAGACUGCGAGAGACCGGCAAGGAAACCUUCAAGGCUCAAUAUUUCCUCCACGCUCACUUAGACUAUGACAAAGAGAAGGAGGAGGUCGUCAAAGAGGACAUGAGGUGGUUGGAAGAGCGCCUGGCAAUUGAAAAUUCUGUGGAGCUGUACAAUCAUGAUACCUACAAGCCAAAAGUAACUGUGGGGAAUGGCCGAGUUGAUGUCAGGUGGCUCAUUCGGGGUGAGUUUGGCGAAUCCCUCGAGCUGCAAGACUUCCCCUUCGACACGCAGGAGCUGAAGAUUACCAUCAAGGUUGGGCUGCCUUGCCGAAAGGACAAGCCGCUACACAAGUUCACCGAUGUGGGCAAAUCCAAGGUGAUCUUGAAUGUCUUUCCCUUGGUGAAUACCUGGGAACCUCCCAGAAAUGUCACCUUAGACUACAGCCUUUCCGACAAGCGCCGAAACUUUUUGAAAGACCGAUUUCCAUUGCUUACAGUCACAGUCACUGUGACGCGCUUCCCUUGGUAUCAUUUGUGGAACAUUUCGCUACCCCUGGGAUCAAUCGUCGUGAUGAGCUGGUCGUCGUUCACGAUUGAUGCUGCAGACAAGGCAGGUCGCCUUUCAGCCUCAUUGACAUUAGUUCUUACUGCAGUGGCCUACAAGUACAUUGUGGCACAAAUGGUGCCCCACAUUUCCUACAACACACUGCUUGAUAAAUAUAUCCUGACUUGUUGGCUCUUUCUUUUCCUUGUGGUGAUUGAGAAUUGCUUUGCUGAACAAGUUCAAGAUGAGAUAGCCGUCGCCUUGACAUUCGGCAUCAGCUUCCUCCUGUACAACAUUUGUUUCUGGACCUAUGGCUGCAUGGUUUAUCAGGCCCGCAAUGUGAGGCAGUCGGAUAUUGAUAUGAAUCUUGAUGAUUCCUCAGAUGACUCCGACGAGGAGACCCAAUGUUGA